GACUCGACGGCCGUGUAUGUGAGGAGAAGACCCGGGGAGGACAGCUGAUCAUCAUCCAUGGCGUCUCCGCUCAAAGUGUGUAUAGUCGGCUCCGGAAACUGGGGCUCUGCCAUCGCCAGGAUCAUUGGAGAUAAUGCCAAGUCCCUGCAGCGUUUUGCCACCACCGUGAAGAUGUGGGUGUUUGAAGAAAACAUUAAUGGCAGGAAGCUCACGGACAUCAUCAACACGGAGCAUGAAAACACCAAGUACCUGCCUGGAUAUAAACUGCCAGAGAAUGUGGUGGCUGUCCCGCAGCUCUGUGAUGCGGCGGAGGGAGCUGACCUACUGGUGUUUGUGGUCCCGCACCAGUUCAUCAGGAAGCUCUGUGACGAGAUGGUUGGCUGCGUCUCCUCCAGAGCUCGAGGAAUCACACUCAUCAAGGGCAUAGAUGAAGGCCCUGAGGGUCUGAAGCUGAUCUCCGACAUCAUUCGAGAGAAGAUGGAGAUUGAUGUCAGUGUCCUCAUGGGAGCAAACAUCGCCAACGAAGUGGCAGCCGAGAAAUUCUGUGAAACCACAAUCGGCAGUAAGAUCCUGGAGAAUGGCCUGCUGUUCAAAGAGCUGCUGCAGACUCCAAACUUCCGGAUCACGGUGGUGGAUGAUGCUGAUACAGUGGAGCUGUGUGGAGCACUGAAGAACAUCGUCGCAGUGGGCGCAGGCUUCUGCGAUGGGUUGCUGUGCGGGGACAACACCAAGGCCGCGGUGAUUCGUCUGGGGCUAAUGGAGAUGAUCGCCUUCGCUAAACUCUUCUCCAAGAACGACACUGUUUCUACGGCAACUUUCCUAGAGAGCUGCGGCGUGGCCGACCUCAUCACUACUUGCUAUGGCGGCCGCAACCGGCGAGUGGCAGAGGCCUUUGCUAAAACAGGAAAGAGCAUUGAGGAGCUGGAGCAGGAGAUGUUGAAUGGUCAGAAGCUCCAGGGUCCUGCCACCUCAGCUGAGGUUUAUCACAUCCUCAAACAGAAGAGCCUGGUGGACCAGUUCCCUCUCUUCACAGCCGUCUAUCAGAUCUGUUUCGAGGGGAGGCCGGUCCGAGAGAUGAUCUCCUGCCUGCAGAGCCACCCAGAGCACAUGUGACCACCGGGUGGGUUUCGCCAAGGGGCUGACGAACAGAUUCCAUUGAGAUCAGUUCACAUUAAGUGUCUCAGCAUGUGAAAGAUAAGGUCCAUUAUCAAUUCAAGUAAAACUAAUAUAGACCGAACUCAACAGUAUUUCAUCUCAGUCUCAAAAGGCAGGGAAACAGGUCUGCUAGCCCCGACCUCCUCCUAGUUUACACAGAAAUGAGGACAAAUUAAGAAGCGAAGCAUACUCAAUACACAAAGGACGCUAGCAGAUAGUUACACUGAUUUACAACUGAUUCCCAUUAGCACUCAAGCCAGUUAAAUUGAUGAAGUGUCUAUAUCAAUUUGAAUUUUGAACAGGGCUGUUUUUAAGACAUUCCUGGGGUCAGCUGUUUUUCUGUGUUAUCAAGUGUAGAAUCACUAUGCACCUGCCUCUGCCUUCUUCUGGCUGCUGUUAUCAGAUAGCCGCCAUAGUCCUGGCACGGUGCCCCUUAGACACUAACCACACAAUGUUACAAUCAUUACAUUACAUAUCAUUCAUAUCACACAAGAUGGUUUUACCGUCCUCGUACACACUUGAACCAACCAGCAGCAUUUUGUAGUGAAAUAGCACAAAUCAUUAAGCCAUUGACAAGUCCACUUAAAGGUUUAUUACAACACUUUCCUCAUGUCAAUAUUUGUAAUAUGAAGGUAGUACUCGCCAUGUAAAAGACGGAUUCUGGUGUUUUGAUUCAGGACUCAUUACCUCUACCAAGGACGUUAUGUUCAUUGCUGUUUGUCGCAAUUUCUUUUGGCAGAAAAUACUGGACUGAUUUUAUUGAAACUUGAUGGAAGGUUGGGAUAUGGUCCAAGGAAGAACACAUUAACUUUUGGCACAGGCCAUUUUUUACCGUUAACAUUGUGAGAUAGGAUGUUAGCCUCGGCAGAAGCUUGCAAUCUCUGAAGGCCCUUCUUUUGAUUUAAAUUGCCGUUUAUUUGUGGUCCGUCUAUAUUUUUGCUGGAUUAUUUUAAAAGUACUAAACUGAUAUCCAUACAAUUUACUGGAGGGCAGGGGCUUGACCAAAGAAAGAAGCCAUCAUACUAAGUAGACUUUCUCACAUGCUGAGAUUAGCCGUUAGCCUUGGCGGAGGUGUGUGAGCGCCCUUUUAGUUCUUAUUAUUGAGACCAUAUCAUAGUUUCAUGAAGAGAACAAAUUUGACCUCCAUUGUUUAAAAGGUGUGUUUGUAAAUUAACUAUCUUUUAUACAGAGUUUUUCUAGUCUUAACGACCUCUCAAAACACUUUACACAACAAGUCAUAUUCACCCAUUUACAAACUUAUUUAUACAACAAGGGCCAGUUCAGACGUCAGUGUCUUGCCCAAGGACAAUUCGGCAUUCAGAUGAAGUAGCCAGAAAUCCAACUACCAACCCUCUAGUUGAUGGAUGAGCAGGUUGACUCCUGUGCCACAUUAGCUGUUUGUGAGCCAGACCCAGAGCAAACACAGAUAUCCGUUCACACCGGGAUAAGAUAUUGUCAGCUACAGUAACAACAUGCACUUCUACAUAUGACUUGCUGCUCUUUUCGAACAUGGCUGCUACUUACAGACCUUUACACUGCAGCCAUGUCAAAGCAACACAGGUGCAAAAAGAUUGACGAUCAGUAAAGCUCAUAGCCCCACCAAGAACCUACUGUCCCUUUUAUAUUCAAUCAAGCUACACCAAUUUGAAAACACUUAUAGAUAUCAGACCUCUCAAUGUGCCUGAUUUUACUCAUCAAUAGCCAGGUAUUAUUUGAAAAUUAAUAUUUUCUUCCUCGGCACAUCCCCCAACCUUCCACCAAGUUUCAAUGAUAUUGGUUUCGUGGGUUUUUAUAAGACUGAAGUCAAACAGGUAGAGGGCAACGGUGGCUGAGGUAUGUAAUAACAUACCACAUUAGGUUUCUGUAUUUUUCCUCAGAUCUGUUUCAGAUCAGAGUUUGUAGAUUCAUAAAAAAAUAGAAAAAUUCUGAAGUGAUUUAGUCCAAUACAUUAAUAAAUCCAUCGUUCAAAUGUCACAUGAACUGGUCAGUGUAGCCGUUUUCAGACAUGACUUCCAGAGGAUGUCGGCAGAAUUGGAUCCUGAGUUUACCUUUUCACACAUGAACAACAAAAGCAGGAGAUUCAGUUCAGACGUGUUAACACAACAUAGAAGUCUCCAGAGUGCUCGGGUGAGGGGUGUUGCAGCAGGCAGGGUGUAACACAGGGAGAUCACAUGUUUUUGUUUACAGCACAUCAACACCCCCUUCAGCUCUUAUCACCAAAAGCUGUCAUGACGUCUUCAUCUGCACCACAUUUCAUCCUGAGAUGUUUUGCAUCUGUCGUAUGUUAGUUCUGAAAGCAGCUUAUCUGAUGAUAUUGAGGACAUUUCUUCUAUUCUCUCUUUAAAGGGCAAAUAUAUAAUUGAUGGACUUAAAUGCAUUAUUCUGGUUUUAUAGAUUUUGUGGGUGAUCUAACGAGUUUAUAUCACGAUUCAUCUUUAGCAGGUCCAUGAUCUCCUUUUCUACCCAAUUGCAGAGAUCCAUACAUUUUAGGACAUUUUUGUCUCCUCUGAUGAUGUGGAUCCAUGAUCACAAUUUAACAGCAGGAUCCCCGAUGGUGCUGAUUGGACAAAUGAGAUCACAAGUCUCUGUUUGGAAGUGUUCCGACAGAUAUAUUCAACACUUCCACCACCUGUUUUACUCAGGUCUUCACAAAUCUCAAACAGUAUCCCUGACAGAUGUAUUAAAGUAAAGCUAAUUGAGGGGACCACAUGAUUUGGUGCUGUUAAAAGUAGUGGACACUAAUACACCUGACCAAAAAGAGUCUGAAUAUUCUUUUCAUUACAUUUCAAAAAUAGAGAGAAAGAUUCAGUUCAGACUUUUUGUGUGUUAAAAAAGAUCAUGAUGAGAUAUUUUGGGAAGAUCCUCUUCUGUUAGAUAGUGUGACCAACAGCAAGUGCAGUUUGCAGUUUACAGUUUAAGAUAAAUCAGUGUUUUCUUGAACCACACAAUCCAAACACUGCACCUCUUCAGAAGUACUUCAGAAGGAUUUGAUGGGAUGUUCACUUCACAAAUCCAGAUGAUAGAAGGCAAGAUACUCAAAUUCACAUUGUGGUGGUUUUUGCUGCUGCACUCUAUAAUCAUAUGUUUGUUUAUGUGUGCUUAUCUUUAUAAGUAACACCCUUAACCUUCGCUAAGAUUUAUUUCCAUGUUUGUGACCAAAUGUUUGAAAUGGAACUUUGUGUGUUUUUACUGUCAGAUCUGCCGUUGGUUUUUCAUAGUUUCACACAUAUCAAUGGAAAGCUGUUGUUAUUUACUUGAGAUGACUAAGAAAUACCAGCUAUGACGUGCCUGUCUGUGGACUCCAGCAUGAUACUGCCUCUGUGUCAUAGUAAGGCACUUAAGUCGUGGUCUGCUCCAGAACAACAGCAAUAGACAAUUCAUUGUGACAUAGGAGAAGAUAAGGAUGGUCACUGUGUUUUCUAUAUUUUUACAACUUUAGUUUUUGUGUUAAUUUGCCCCCGGCCCCUGGCUGUCACCGGUAAGGAUUCAUUUAGUUUUCGGGUUGUCCGUCCAUCCUUCCCAUUCUUGUGAACACGAUAUCUCAAGACCAACUUUAUGAAAAAUUCUUCAAAUUUGAUACAAAGAUUCACUUGUACUCAUGGAUGACCUGAUUAGAAUUUGGUGGUCAAAGGUCAAGGGCACUGUGAGCUUUCAAAACACAUGUUUUGCCUUUUGAAUGCAAUAUCUUAGGAAUACCUCAAGGGAAUUCUUUCAAAUUUGUCACAAAUGGUCACUUCAACUCACAGAUGAACUGAUUAGAAUUUGCUGUAUUUCUAGUUCUCUCUGCCACUCAGGUAAACACACAACAUUGCUCAAAAGAUCAAACUGAAUCCUUAAUAUUGUAUAAUAACUGCACAUAAAAAAUACUCUCACAAUAUUCUACUUGAGACAUCAAAUGUUUUAAUUUUAGUGAAGAUAUGACUUAACAAACCUGCAGUAUGUUAAUAAUGCCUUUGGGAAGAUCAUCAUUAGCUCUCUGUAAAAUGUGUUGGGUGAGUUUUUGGAGCCGCUUUCUUUAUCUGAUGCCAAAUAGGAACAGUGUCAUUCUGUCAUAUUUACAGAGCGCAGUUGUUUUUAUGUUUCCUCACAGAUCCACUGUGGUAGAGAGUCACAGAUUCUUGCCAUUGAAAGCUUCAUUGAAGUUCUUGUGCGCUGCUCUGUAUUAUAAAGUUGAGGCAGUUAACCCAGUAUAUACCUCUCAAACCAGAGUAUUUGUUUCAAUACAACACAUCAGCUGGCAAUGUGCUGUAUUGAAUAAAAUACUCAGUAUUUCUAUUGUUGACCUCUGAACUGUUGUGGCAAAGUGUAAAAUAGUUGCCACUGUGAACUCUGCAGAGUUGUGAAAUCCUGUCCAUGUGUAUUAAAAACUUUUGUUGACUGAGAA